AGGCCCAACGCCUUUGGCCUGAGGUCCCUGUCCCCGGGAGGGAGCAGCUAGUAGGGUCCAGCCCGCCCGCCCUGCCGCCCAGGUGCCCUAUGUCGGUGCCAGCCCUCGGCAGGUGGAGAACGUGUUAUCGCUGCUGCGCGGCCGUGCUGGCAAGAUGGUGGAUCUGGGCUCCGGCGACGGCAGGAUUGUGCUGGCAGCCCACAGGUGUGGACUGCGCCCGGCCGUGGGGUACGAGCUGAACCCGUGGCUGCUGGGGCUGGCUCGGCUGCACGCCUGGAGGGCGGGCUGUGCUGGCCGCGUCAGCUUCCGCAGGGAGGACCUCUGGAAGGUGAGCCUGCGGGACUGCCACAACGUGUCCGUGUUCCUGGCUCCCAGCGUGGUGUCAUCCCCGUGGCUUCCCACCGCCAAAUCACCCGUGAGCCGUCACCGUAGCCCCGUGCGCUCCCCGGCCGGUCCCAGCCAGCGCAGGGCCCUGGUCAUGGCUGCUCGUUAUUGUCCCCCCGGUCCACCACGCUCCUGCUACGAGAGAGAAACCACCCGGCAUUUCCCCUCUUGUUUCCGGCUUACUGCACUCAGCUCCGUCCGUGCCGCCGCCGAAGGCACCGCCCAUCCUUUUGAUGGCUGCGUAAUAGCCCACGGCGUAUCGACCACGUCGUUUUAAUCCAGUCACCCACUAAAAAAGUAGUAAUGUUGUGUUCGUUUCCCUGAGCCUGACGGCGGGAUCCCCAGAACAAGGGUCCCCUCCAGAGCUGCCUCGUGUGCAAGUGAACGCCGGCUGCCUCCUCCCCAGCCUCGGCCCCCCGACACGCACCCCACUGAUGUUGCCGCCCGGCGAGGGACAGACGCCCCGGGGGCUCCCAGGUCCAGGGUCUCAGGCGGGCACCCACGUGGCCAGGCCACCCCCGCCAGAGCUGAUGCCACGGCACAGCAGACACCCGUCUCCCCGCGGUCCCUCAGCAGCGCGUCUCAGUGGAUCUGCCAGCUCUGCUCCCCACUGUCUUGGGGUACCCUCUCACCCCCACCUCUGGGCUGCACCCAGGUCUUGUAUGAAGAAGAAAAAAGAAACAGGACAGAACGUGGUAUCGGCUCAAGACGCCUGGGCCAAGCGCACAGAACGGAGGACCCCAGGACCCCGAAGUCAGCCGCCCACCCCCCGCCCCCUGUGCCCCCCCACCCCUGGUGGCCUUCGCCUUCUGGAACAGCCGGUUUGGCCUGGUUGAUCUUUCAGAAUCUGUUUCUU